AUGGCGACAAGACUGCCAAACUAUUUUUUCUUAUUCUCCUCUGCAGUUAGUAUUUUCCUUCUUGUCUCUCUGACUUUUUACGACAUCUUAUUAGCUAAGAGUUCAAAGCGGACAAUGAAACCGUCGUUGCAAGUAAACAACACACAUUCGCUUGGAAACAACUUAGACGCGAUGACAAACAUGAAUUCAUCAACUAAAAACUCACAACUCAUGCAACGGGAAAGGACAAAGAUAGUUUUACUCGUCUAUACCGGUUUUUUUCGGAGAGCAAAGUGGAUAGAAGAUCGUGAUAACUGUGGAUUUGAAAACAAGUUUUUAUUUGCUGCAGAUAAAUGUCUCUCAGGUUACUUCGAAUUGACCUACGACAAACAGCGAUUUGAGGAAAGCGACUUAGUCGUGUUUCACGCUAGAAACAUGCCAAGUGUCGAUCAUCUAAGAACGCUGCUGAAAAACAGGUCCACUUCACAGCGCUGGGUAUAUGCUUUGUGGGAAAGUCCAAAUGCAACACCAGAUCCUGCUCCAUUAAACGGGCUUUUUAACUCAACGUGGACGUACAGAAGCGAUUCAGAUUUCUGGUCGCCGUAUGGAAGUUACGAGGAACUGAGUGAAGAAGAAAAAAUGAAUAAAAUAAAUAACAUACCGGACUAUUCCAAAGGAAAAACUGAACUUGUGGCUUGGAUGGUUGGUCAUUGUCGCUCUCAACCUCGAAUGGCUUUUGCCGAAACGCUGAAAAAAUAUAUCAAGGUUGAUGUGUUUGGAAGGUGUUCCGGAAAAUUUGGGCAACAGAGAGGUUGUGGAAAUCUUACUGCUUGCCUUAAAACGUUUAAGUUUUAUUUGUCAUUCGAGAACGUUUUAUGUGAGGAUUACAUCACUGAAAAAUAUUGGGAAAGGCUUGGUAAGACCCUGUUUUUUUUUAAUAUCCUUUACAAAAUAGUUUCCAGAAAAUCCGUUUAGAAAUUAAGUAUAACUGGACGUUUUGGGUCGUUUCAGCCAUAGUUAGUAGAGGCGACUGGUUAGGAAAGCCGGCAAACAUCAAAGCUGAAAACAAUGGUGCUGUAGGUUAUGUUGAAAGCUCUCUGACCGUGCGCAGUCCUUUGUUUUUUGUUCACAAAUUGUGACUGAAAAAUUAAUGCGAUGUUUCUAACUGAAAAUCGAUGUACUGCACUUGUGGGAAUUCAAAACUCAGAAAACUCAACAUCGCUGUGAUAAGUUAAUCAUGAUUUUUUAUACAUUAUCUAACUGCUUGAAAUAAUCACUGCAAAAAGAUUCCGAGGCAAGCUAAGGCAGAAUAUGGAGGUUCCACUGUAUUACCGGAUAAUAUGAACAUUUCCAAUGUUUACAGACAUUUCCUCUACAUUCAAUCAUGCGAGGGGUCACUCAGCUUGUGUUGGCUUCCUGUGUUAGCUAUAAUUAGAGUAGCGUAGGGUUGUCUAAAUUAUCAUCGGUUUUACAGUAAUCUUAAAAUAGACCUUUUUACUGAUACAGCAGCCAUAUUGAAUUACUUGGAUUUAAUCCCAGAUGCUCGCUUGGUAUUAACGCGCGCUUUGGAUGUAAUAAUGAUCACCUUUUUCCCGAUAAAUAUACAGUGAAGUUCUCUUUUCGUCCGUGUAAAUACUGAGUGAGUGCCCCCCUGGGCACCCCAAAAUAACCUUAAAUCUAAUACAUUCAACAUGGCCGCCGUAUCGGUAAAAAGGUCUCUUUCGAGGUAGUUAAUUUAGGAACUUCAUAAAAAUAUCCGCUCAAAACAUUAAAAUAAAGUAGAAAUAACAGCAAACAAUGAAUAAGGUGCUGUCGAUUUGAAGAAGAUUUGAUAAAACUAUAACUAGUAAAAAUACCUGUUAGCCUAACAGCUUUUUAAACUUUCUGUUGUCUGCUUUUUUGACACUACUUUGUAUUUCUGUAAGUAUCUUCUUCGCUAACGUUAUGUUCCAUAGCGAAUGACGGCUAAUUGGCAUGAACCAGACUGCGGGCCAUGAUACAGGCCCUCUAUCUCAUGGAACAGAUUUCUGGUACGGUUAUUAGAAGGUGACCGCUUAAUACCGGUGCACAGCAUCUUAGUAAAUAGAAUUUCAGCUAUUGCCGUCUACCGUUUAAAUAUUGCUCAGCUUGGGAUAGUUUUCAAAUCAUGACUAGAUCUUUUUCUUGUGUAUUUCAGGUGAUAUGAAUGUCAUCCCAGUUGUGAUGGGGGGUGCCAAUUACUCCAAGCUGGCUAUUCCAGGGUCUUAUAUCAAUGUUAUGGACUUCAAAACUGUUAAACAACUGGCAGAGUACCUUCAGUAUCUGGACAAAAAUAACACUGCUUAUAAUGAAUACUUUAAAUGGAGACUAAAAUACAAGGUGUUUCGCAGCAACCUUGAUUUAUCAAUGUGUCAAAUAUGUAAAUGGUAUGUUGCAAAAUCUCCGCUUGAACCCAAAGUUUAUGAUGACCUCAGGAUGUACUGGAUGCAGAAUGGAAGAUGUAAUGAAAAACGUUUUCUCAUCGAAGAUAUGUGGAAGGAGCAUGAUACCUAA